AUGCCUAGAUCUUCUCGUACAGGUGAACUGCAAUAUAAUCCUGAGAUAGAGAAAACUGCUCGUGCAUUGAGAAAAGCAACAAGAGAACGAGCAGAGGCAUCCUCCUCAUCUACUGGACAUAAUUCAGUAGUAGAUUUUGUGGAUUCAUUUAGUGAGACGGAAGAGAUAGAUAGCACCAUGGCUAAUGAACGGACAUUGAGAGAAUUGGCUGCACCAGAUUUAAAUCAACAGCCUCUAUGCAUUACUUAUCCUACAUUAGAGGUUGCAUUUGAGUUAAAAUCUGGACUAAUCCAUUUACUUCCUUCUUUUCAUGGCUUACCAGGUGAAGAUCCCCACAAGCAUCUCAAAGAAUUCCAUGUGGUUUGCUCGACAAUGAAACCUCAGGGAGUCACAGAGGAGCAAAUUAAAUUAAGAGCCUUUCCAUUUUCCUUAGCCGAUAAAGCUAAGGAUUGGCUCUAUUAUCUGCCCUCUGGGUCAAUAUCCACAUGGACAGACAUGAAGAAGCAUUUUCUAGAAAAAUUCUUUCCUGCAUCCCGAGCUGCAAGCAUUAGGAAAGACAUCUGUGGAAUUCGACAAUUCAAUGGAGAGACUCUACAUGAAUAUUGGGAAAGAUUCAAAAGAAUUAUUGAUGCUGCCAGUGGGGGCUCCUUAGUGAAUAAAACACCCACGGAGGCAAGAAAUUUGAUAUCGAGUAUGGCUGCAAAUGCUCAACAAUUUGGAGACAGGCAGGAUAACACGACUCGUAGAGUCAAUGAGUUAGCUAUAGGACAAAUGCAGCAAUUGAAAACAUGUGGAAUCUGCUAUGGUUCGAGUCAUCCAACAGAUAUGUGCCCCACACUCCAAGAUGAUUCGACUGAGCAGGCUAAUGCAGUUGGAUUUCCAGGACCACCUCAGAGACGGUAUGAUCCCUAUGCAAACACCUAUAAUCCAGGAUGGAGGGAUCAUCCUAAUUUUAAUUAUGCAGUAAGGCCACCAGGAUUUUCACAUCAGUCACAAUAUCAACCUAGACCUCAACUUUCACAGCAACAACCUGCUCCUAAAUCAGUCAAUAGAUUGGAAUCCCAAUUAUCUGGAAAGCUACCUUCGCAGACAAUUGUCAACCCCAAGCAAAAUGCUAGUGCCAUCACAUUAAGAAGUGGCAAAGAGUUGCCUGAGCCGAGCAAGAAAAUUUCUGAACAAGCAAUCGAGGAAGAGCUCGAAAAAGAGGGGAAUGUGUCUCAACCUAGAGCCUUGGAACAACCAGAUUUUGGAGAAAAAUCAACACAAGUGGUUACACCUCCGCCUCCAUUUCCUAGUCGACUGGCAAAGCCUUUAAAAGAGACGGGCGUAAUAAUUCAACUGGCUGAUCGAUCAAAUGCCUAUCCUGAUGGAGUUUUGGAGGAUAUUUUAGUGCAAAUUGAUAAUUUGAUUUUUCCUGCAGAUUUUUAUGUGCUUGAUAUGGAGGAUGAUAAUUCUAAUUCAUCUCCAAUACUGUUAGGGAGACCAUUUUUGAAAACUGCUAGAACAAAAAUUGAUCAAAAUUUUGAAUUUAAUAAUGACGAUGCGUUGAAGGUUGCUAUUUCUACUGAAUUUUCCAAUGUGUCUUACUUGGAAUUACCUCUGUCUCAUUCACAGCUUUUGCCAUCUAUUGUGCAAGCCCCGAAGGUGGAAUUAAAGCAGUUACCGGAUAAUUUAAAGUAUGCAUUCUUGGGAGAUGGAGAUACACUCCCAGUAAUAAUUUCCAGUAAAUUGACUGCUUUAGAGGAAGAAAAACUAAUUCGGGUGUUGAAGGACCACAAGGAGGCAAUAGGAUGGACAGUGGCUGACAUAAAAGGAUUAAGUCCAGCCACUUGCAUGCAUCGCAUCUUGUUAGAAGAUGGUGCUAAGCCUUCGAGAGAGGCUCAACGGAGAUUGAACUCACCAAUGAUGGAGGUAGUGAAGAAAGAAGUUUUAAAACUUCUUGACACAGGUAUAAUCUAUCCCAUUUCGGAUAGUAAGUGGGCCUAUAGACGAAUGCCUUUUGGUCUUUGUAAUGCGCCUGCUACAUUCCAAAGGUGUAUGGUUAGUAUAUUUUCUGAUUAUGUGGAGAAUAUCAUAGAAGUGUUUAUGGAUGAUUUUACUGUCUAUGGUAAUUCUUUUGAUGAAUGUUUAACUAACCUCACAAAAAUUCUUAAAAGGUGCAUUGAGACUAAUCUUGUUUUAAAUUAUGAGAAAUGCCAUUUUAUGGUGGACCAAGGCAUAAUUUUAGGUUUUUAUAGGCGUUUCAUCAAAGAUUUUUCAAAGAUAUCCCAUCCUCUAUGCAAAUUACUUCAAAAGGAUGUGGUAUUUCAUUUUGAUGAUAAUUGCAAGAGUGCAUUUGACACGCUCAAGGGAUCAUUGACUUCAGCACCAGUGGUUCGACCACCAAACUGGAGUCUUCCUUUCGAGAUAAUGUGUGAUGCCAGCAAUUUUGCUGUUGGUGCAGUACUUGGCCAGAAGGAGGGCAGAGCUUCUUAUGUCAUUUAUUAUACCUCGAGGACCUUGGAUGGUGCCCAGUGCAAUUAUUCGACUACGGAAAAGGAGCUUUUAGCUAUUGUUUUUGCUUUAGAAAAAUUCCGUUCUUAUUUACUUGGCACUAAAGUCAUUAUUUAUUCUGACCAUGCAGCUUUGAAAUAUUUGCUCAACAAGAAAGAGGCCAAACCACGACUUAUAAGGUGGAUUCUCCUACUCCAAGAAUUUAAUUUGGAAAUUAAAGACAAAAGGGGUGCCGAAAAUAUGGUUGCUGAUCAUCUCAGUCGUUUGAUCAAUAGUGAAGGACCUGCUCCCUUGAAGGAUAAUUUUCCAGAUGAGCAUCUUUUUGUAGUUCAAAAGACAACUCCCUGGUAUGCUGAUUUAGUGAAUUAUCUGGUUACUAGAACGCUACCUAAUGAUUUGUCUAGAGCUCAAAAGGAAAAAAUUAAAAGUGAUGUUAAAUAUUAUGUGUGGGACGAACCAUACUUGUGGAAAUAUUGUUCUGAUCAAAUUAUUCGCAGGUGUGUGUCUACAGAAGAGGUUCCAUCAAUUUUAUCUUUCUGUCACUCAUAUGCGUGUGGUGGACAUUUUGGCCCUAAGCGAACUGCAAGAAAGACAGGUAAUUUAAGCCAUAGAGAUCAAAUGCCUCUUACUCCUAUACUGGUUUGUGAAAUUUUCGAUAUAUGGGGUAUAGAUUUUAUGGGUCCAUUUCCUUCCUCUUUUGGUAAUAUGUAUAUAUUACUUGCAGUUGAUUAUGUCUCAAAGUGGAUAGAGGCUAAGGCAACUAGGACUGACAAUGCUAAGGUUGUAGUUGAUUUUAUUAAAUCUCAUAUUUUUGUCAGGUAUGGCACGCCAAGAGCAAUUAUCAGUGACCGAGGGACACACUUCUGCAAUCGAGUAAUGGAAGCAUUGUUGAAGAAAUAUGGCGUCACUCACCGGGUUUCUACGUCCUAUCAUCCGCAGACUAGUGGUCAAGCAGAAAUCUCCAAUAAAGAAAUCAAAAAGGAUUGGAGUUUGCGCUUAGAUGAUGCACUUUGGGCUUACCGUACAGCUUUUAAGACCCCCAUAGGUAUGUCUCCUUACCGAUUAAUUUUUGGCAAACCUUGUCAUCUACCUGUGGAAUUGGAACAUAGGGCAUAUUGGGCAGUUAAAAAUUAUAAUAUGCGGAUGGAUGAAUCUGGAGAACACAGGAAGUUGCAAUUGCAAGAGUUGGAGGAAAUCCGAAAUGAUGCAUAUGAGAGUUCUUGCAUUUAUAAGGAGAAGACAAAAGCAUUUCAU